CUACGCAAUCCUCCCGACGGUAACUUGUCGAGCCUUGUCUUUUCCACUUAUCACACGGCCUUACUGUUCUAGUGUUCGCAAUCAGAAUUUAUCCGCCCUUGCUAGUCUAAGACCCGAAAAUCAGCUCCGCCUGGCGAAUUGUAGGAUCUAUCGUGCCACGUGUCGCUGUCGCACGUCCACUACCUUCGUAUAUUUCCCUCGUUUUCCCCACGCAGACAGACCCACACCCAUGGCUCCGAAGAAAGCGCUUCGAGCGGACGCGCCCUGGCGAGCCAAGGGCACGGGGGUGGCUCUUAUCGGCGGGCCAGCGCUGGCUACAGUGCGACGAGGGCCGGAGUUCAGCUACGCCAUGAGCAUACUGCGGCAUCCGGACCCCAUUGGCAUGGGGUUGGCGCAGGAGGCAGGGGUGGAAGCAGCAGGCGAGGACUGCCUUGUGCCGGGGCUCAAGAGGCCCGUUAUCGUGAUGGGCGUGCAGGUAUGGCCACUGGAGCUUAUCAGCCCUCUCUCCUGGAAGGCCAUCGAGCCCAUCGGACGAGAGCUCAAGACCGUGUCCAAGCUUGCGGAGAGGGCAAUUGAUCUUAUGAAUGCCCCUCUUGGGCGCUGAUGUGCAAAUUCUGAAAAUGGCUACUGAUGAUUUAGCGAACUCGGUUUUUUGUGUGUGUUUAGCAGGGCGAUUUGUAGGCCUCUUGCUGUGAAAAUUGUAUGCUGAUAGUGUUUUAGGCUAGGUUUAUGCAUGCAGGCAAUCAAUUAAGCUUUGUCACAGAUAACUCUUGAAGAAUUUGUCCGAAGAGAUGGCUUAUAGUGAGAACUCCCC